GCCGCCACAGCUAAGAUGAAAGGAAAUACUUUAAUAGUUUUGUGCUCAAUCCUUGUGUUGAUAAAUGUAACAUAUGCGAUCGCCGACAAUGUGAAUGUUUACUUUCCGGCAAUGCGCGAUUACCCAUCACAGGGAACAUUGAAGUGUAGACCUGGGUAUCAUAUUGUGGUUAGAAAGGGUAUUUUGUUUUAUGAUAAUGGCAAGAAGAUCGAAAAAGCAUCGUAUCCGCCAAAGAUGGCGUGUGAUUUGGAACAAACAUGCAACUUUAAUCUUGUACGAGAACAAUAUAAUUAUUUGAAUCCAGUCCCGGCAGGAAACUUACAACUUACUAUUCAAUACGAUUGUAAACAAGAUGACUUUCAAGGAGAUCCAAGAAGGAUAACAAACUAUGGAAGAACCGGAGAGUGUCCGCACGACUCUUUUGUUCAGAAACACGUUGCUUAUUUUAACGAUAAUAAUCUCGUCUCUAACUCGCAAACGGCAAAAACGGAAAGAGAAUUGAUUGCCAUGAGCGUCUGUGCUCAAGUCAGACGUUUUAGGGAACGCAAUCCAAGAGCACCAAUCGAUCCAUAUCUUGGCACAGUGUUUUUGAUACAUGAAAAAAAUCCACUCAACAGGAAUUUCGAGCUGAGUCCACGUGAAAACAACAAAUGUCAACUAACGGGAAAUGCUCUUGCCCGUUCAUAUAGAUAUGAUUGCGCGAGAGACGCCUAUAAAUGGACAUGUACUUUGAAUGGCAAGGGAAAGGAUGUGGCAAAACAUGACAAAGAUAAUAGCCAUUUCGGCUAGUAACCAAGGCUCCAACCAAAACCGUAACCGUAACUGAAACCGGAAUUUCCAGAUGCCUUGAUUGGAAAGUGAACACACAACACAGUGCACUACAGUUUCAAGGAAUUUUUUUUUUUAAAACACAUUCGCAAUUCAAUAGUACACAUAUACAAAGAAAAUAAAAAUUAAAUUGACUUUUUUUCCGCUUAAUAUAUCAAUAAAUGUUUUGCAAUCACUUUUUUGCA